AUGCUCAAGAUGCUCAGCAACACCACUCUGGACUCAGUGUACGAACUCCGAAGAACGCAGCUCCGGGAAACUGUCGGGUACUUCUACAGUCGGGUCGGGUCGGCGGUAAACGUCGGUGAGCAGAUGUUCUUGAAUGUGCUCAAUGUUAUCACCAACACGUUGUGGGGUGGGACGGUGGAGGGGGACGAGAGGGCUGGACUUGGAGCCGAGUUUCGGGAAGUUGUAUCGGAGAUGACAGAGCUUAUGGGGAAGCCCAAUGUUUCGGACUUUUACCCGGGUUUGGCCCGGUUCGAUUUGCAAGGCGUGGAGAAGCGGAUGGCGGGGUUGGCUCGGAGGUUUGAUGGGAUAUUUGAGAAGGUAAUUGAUCAACGGCUGCGGAUGGAUAAAGAAAGCGCGAAAAAGAGCAUUGAUGUUUUGACGUUUUUGUUGAAGUUGAAAGACGAGGGAGGAGAUUCGAAGACGCCUUUCACUAUGACCCAUCUCAAAGCUUUGCUUAUGGAUAUGGUGGUGGGUGGCAGUGAUUCUUCCUCCAACACAACUGAGUUUGCAUUGGCUGAAAUUAUGCACAAACCAGAGGUGAUGAAAAAAGCCCAGCAAGAACUAGAAGCUGUAGUUGGCAAACACAACAUUGUAGAAGAGUCUCAUAUUCAUAAACUACCCUACUUACAAGCUGUGAUGAAAGAAACUCUGCGCUUGCACCCAGUCCUGCCACUUCUAGUCCCUCAUUGCCCAAGUGAAACCUGCACUGUGGGAGGCUACACCAUCCCGAAAGGAUCCCGGAUUUUCUUCAACGUCUGGGCAAUACACAGGGAUCCUUCUAUUUGGGAAAACCCGUUGGAGUUUGAUCCAGAAAGGUUCUUGAACAGCGAAUGGGACUAUAGUGGAAAUGAUUUCAACUAUUUCCCAUUUGGGUCUGGCAGGAGGAUAUGUGCAGGGAUUGCAAUGGCUGAGAGGAUGGUGAUGCAUUCACUUGCUACACUUGUGCACUCUUUUGACUGGACAUUGCCACAAGGACAGAAGUUGGAUCUUUCAGAGAAGUUUGGUAUUGUGCUGAAAAAGAAGAUGCCUUUGGUUGCUAUCCCAACUCCUAGGUUAUCUGAUCCUGCACUCUAUGAGUAG